UUCACGACGGUCGGUAUCAGCAAAAAUGCAGACUGCGUUGCUGCAGUUGACAACUUAGGUAAUGUGGUUUUGCUUCAUAUCCGGAGAAAUAGGUUUUCACUAUUGUCGCGGGAGGGUAAGGCGGGGACGUCGGUGGCCUUCGGUGUAUCCAACGAAGUCUAUGCUGCCUUCACUGACAAUGUCAUCCGCGUCUACGACAAGGACACCGGUGUUGUCCUUGCAACACUGAAGGGCCAUCGCAGCCGCAUUACGCAUAUUGAGGUUGGACCGGGGGGGGUAUCUUUGCUCUCCACAUCUGCUGAUGCUGUCUUCUUAUGGGACGCUAAGGGGACAUACCGCAGACGUUCUCUGAAUGGUGGGCCCCAUCGUGCAUUUUUUGCGCGCUUUGCAGGUGAGUCUGGAGACCGCGUCAUAGUAGGUUUUUGUGAUGAUUCCAUGUGGGUCUGGACGAAGGAUUCUUGCGAGCUCAUUUCCAAGCUCCAUCUGUCUCUGCAAAAAAAUGCGACUCCAGAUCGAAGGUGCGACUUGUGCAAAUCUAUCUCGGUAUCGUCUAAUGGCCGUUACGUCAUCACCACUAGCAAUUCCACUGUUCUGUGUCUCUGGAACAUAACCAGUAGCCAACUAGAGCACUGCAUCGAGUUGCCGGCAGCAAUAAACCAUGGAUCAGGAAUAUCAUUCAUUUAUGGUGGAAGUGCCGCGCUGUGUGCCUGCGUUGACGGCACUCUUCGUGUAGUAGAUCCCUUCAAUGGGGUGUUGACGCACACCAUCAAGGUUCAAGAUAACACAAAACUUAACUCUGUUUCUAUGAGCGUGGAAUCCGCUGGUAGGUAUGCUGCAGUUGUGACAGGUACCAGUUCACUUCGAUUGUAUGACCUCCACAUCCUGUUGGCUACGAAGGAUGCAAACGCCAGCGAUGCAGACCUGAAGACGGCGUAUGCUGACAAUCCAAUGUCGACUGCUACGCCUUCACCCCCUCAGUGCGAUUCAAUAUUAGAAUCUAUAUUUUCGCCGCUAAAUCGAAAAUGUUUCCUGCACGGUGAUGAUGCACGUUUAAUUGUUGGAAAGGCGACGUUCUCCAACCAGCGUGGUUCACUUGUUAGUGCAGUCGGCACGGUGCUAUUGCGAAACCUUUUGUACACAUAUGGGGAAUACCCUAGGAAUCACAGACUAGCCAUGUGGCGCAAACUGUUAUCCCUGCCCAACAAUGAAGAAGCUUAUGCAGCGCUCUUGUCCAAGGGAACCCAUCCAGCGUUUGCUGAACUCCCACGUAGAUUUCCCACAGCAGAUAGGUUGUUAUUGGCAAGGCUUCGACGUGUCGCCUCUGCGCUUGCGCACUGGUCUCCCAUCUGUGCAGAAGCAGUCGUGGUACCUGGGAUGCUAUUUCCGUUCGUCAGGACCUGCAGGGGAGAUGAAGUGUUUGCAUUUGAAGCAUUAGCCACUGUAUUGCACAAUCAUACGCGAAAUUGGUUCAGUUAUUUCCCAGAUCCGCCCUUCGUCUUGCUGAACAAAGUGAAUUCUGUUGUCCAGAACCACGAUCCUGAACUAGCACAUCACUUGGAAACCUUUCCUGGUGGCCUUCACAACGUCGCUUGGCAACUUCUUAGUACCUUGUUUACCGAUGUCACAACAGCUGAUGAGUGGCUGCAGCUGUUCGAUCACAUACUCACGAACGGCAGUGAUAUGCUUCUGUAUUUGACUUCGGGAUUCAUCAUCACCUGGCGUGAUACUUUCCUCAACGCACAAACGAGUUCGAUUACUUUACCACAACUAUUCAUCCGUGAAUCGGGAGUCAACGUGCCCCGUCUCUUAGGCAUUGCGUAUGAACUACGUGACAGUACCCCCUUAGGUUCCUUGACGGCCGACUCUAAUUUGUCGCAUGCAGAAAGCGUGUCUGUCUCUGAAACAGGUCUUACUAGCUUUUUCGUAAUUCCCAAAGGCUCCACCUACCCAGUCUUUGAAGAUUUUCCUCUGCAUGCUUUAAAAAUGACCCUCGAUAGACGGGAGCGUGUCUGUGAGGAUGAACACAUGCUAAUAUCGCACCAGAACGGGGUGACGACUCUAUCUAGGCGAACCGACGAGUUGCACUCCAUGGAAAUGGGAUGGGAAUCGGAGGCUGCUUUUUUAGCUGCCAGCGAGGAUGAGUGCAAAAGUAUUCGCGUCAACUUGCAGCGCACUGUGUAUUCAGAUUUAAAGCACUCAGAGCGAACGGAGCGCGCUAUACGACUCCGUCAGCUUGAGAUGAUCGAGGGCGCGUACCAAGCAGCUCUACGACAGAAGAAGAACGAGUGGAUCAGUGAACUGGAGAAGUUGCGCACUGAAGUCAACGAGCAA